UGUUCGUUGCCAUCAGUCGCGUCGGUAUGAAGCAAAGCAACCAGCUGAGCUGGGAGGGAGUGCAUUAGUGCAACGCAGCAGCAACAGUUCUGGUAGCGCAUUUCGAUAGAGAAUCGCCUCCAUUGCUAUUUUGGUUUAACAGGUGAAAAGUUUGUAGUUUUCGGUGAUUUUAUAGUGAUAAAAUACGAAGACAAUAUUUGAAAAGUGGUUAAUACUGUCUAGAAAUUGCAAUGAGUGGGUCAUCGAGCCACCCAUCCGGAAGUGGAGGUUCGGGAACCGGUGGUCCGCCGGUAUCGGUACAGGAAUUCACAAUUCGGGUUCCAAAAAACCUCAAAAAGAAGUAUCAUGUUAUGCGCUACAACGCGACGCUGAAUGUGGACUUUACGCAGUGGCGUACGGUCAAAAUGGAGCGAGAAAAUAAUUUAAAGGAGUUUAAGGGUUUGGACGAGGACAUGCCCAAGUUCGGCGCAGGAUCAGAAUUCAAUCGUGAUUUAAGAGAGGAAGCUCGCCGUAAACGGUAUGGCAUUAUUGCAAAGAAGUAUAGACCGGAUGCACAGCCUUGGAUUCUGAAGGCUGGUGGCAAAAAGGAUGGAAAGAAAUUCCGGGGGAUUAGGGAGGGAGGAGUUGGUGAGAAUGCAUCGUUUUAUGUGUUCACGCACGCGCCAGAUGGAGCCAUCGAGGCGUAUCCAUUAAACGAGUGGUAUAACUUCCAACCGAUUCAGCGGUACAAAGCUCUGUCAGCGGAGGAAGCAGAGUUGGAAUUUGGCCGUAGGAAGAGGACGAUCAAUUAUUUCUCCUUGAUGUUGAAGAAGCGUAUGAAGAAGGAUGAUGACGUUCCGGAAGACUUAGAGGAAACCAAGGGAAAAAAGGGUGGAGUUGGGAAGGCUAAGGAUUUGAAGAUUAGCGAUAUGGACGAGUGGAUCGACUCGGAUGAGAUGAGUUCAUCAGACGAUGAUGAUGGCGAAGGGAAGCCUAAGGAAAAGGAUAGCGACGACGAGGCAGAUAAAAAGGCUAAGAACAAAAAAGCAUUGGCCGACAAGAAAAAGAAGAAACGGGAUUUAGACGAGGAAGCAUUUGAGGAGUCAGAUGAUGGUGACGAGGAAGGACGCGAACUGGAUUACAUUUCGGAUUCGUCUGAGAGUGAAUCGGAACCGGAAGCAAAGGCAAACAAAGAACUCCAGUCGGUGGCGGAGGAAGAUGCUCUGCGAAAAUUGCUCACAUCGGACGAAGAUUCCGAUGAUGAAGAGAAGAAAUCUGAUGAAGACGAGAACAAAAAAGACGAAGAGAAGAAUGGUAAAACUAAAGACAAAGAAAAGGAAACGAAGGAGAAGGAUUCCAAGGAAUCAAAGAAGAAGAAGAAAGAUAAGAAGAAAAAGAAGAAGGUAGAAGCCGAUAAAAAGGAAUCAUCGAGCGGAUCGAGCUCGGACAGUUCCGAUUCGGACGGAGAUAAUAGUAACUCGAAGCACAAGAAGAAACGCAAGAAGGACAAAGAAGGAGUGGGCUCAAACCUGUCCAGUGCCAAUAAUUCACGUUCGGCAUCGCCCAGCAUGUCACAGUUGGAGGGCCAUAAGCGGAAAAUGGCUGGUUCCAACAUGCCGAUGGCUGAUUUCACUGGAUCGGACAAUAGCAACAGUCCUCUGUCAACGCCGGCCAAGAAGGCUAAAAUGGACUCCGCCCCGGCGCUGCCACCAACCUUCACGGGGCUUGUUAGCAACAGUAAAGACGAUUACGGCAUUACAGAAGAAGCGGUUCGGCGCUACCUAAUGCGCAAACCAAUGACCACCACCGAACUACUGACCAAGUUCAAGAACAAGAAAACGGGUGUCUCGAGCGAGAAGCUUGUGGAAACGAUGACGGCCAUACUGAAGAAGAUCAAUCCCGUCAAGCAGACGAUCCAGGGAAAAAUGUAUCUUAGCAUCAAAGUUCCCAAGAUCACAAGGAGUACCGCAGUUUAGUAUACAUAGCAGUCACAGAGCCUACAUACGAAUGUGCACUUUCGGCCAAAUGAUUAGUGAACUAAGUUGUGUAUAAAUAUUACUUUCUAGUACUUUCGUGAUUUCUUAAUCCUAGGUUUGCUAUAAACUAUUUUAUGCAAAACAGUCGUCUCGCAGUACCUUCCAUUUAAAAUUUCUGUAAAAAUAGACUCUGCCAUUAACACGAUUGUUUGUAGUUUAUUUACUUCUCUGUUAAAACUUAUUAUCUCAGCCUUAAGGUUUGCUUUUGCUUUUUUUUUCAAAACUUUUUCCGACAGUUUUAUGGAUUAUCUACUUGAAUGGAAGAUAAACUGUUGAAAAUGGCAUUAAAAUGCUCAUAUUUGAUUUCUGAUUUACAGAAAGGUGACUAUCAAUUCGAUUUGAUAAAGUUAGGCGGGAAAUGGUGGUCAGAAAUUUAAAAAUAAGGAAAUAAACAAGCAUGUCAAAGUGUAACAAAACAAACGUAAAAUUGUAGUACGAACGUACAGAUAUUAACGUUCGAGAAACCAUCAUUAACAUUGUUCUCAAAAUCAAUCAUUUAAGAUCAACUUCUUCUUUUGGGUUUAAAAUGAAGACAAAUGUAAUGAAAGAAAUACCAGAAGUCCAGAAUAGAUUAUGUUUGGACUUCAAAUCUGCCAUAGCGUCUCCAACCGAAAGUAUUCAUAAUGCUAUCACUAUUUAACAUUAGAAUUUUGUCUGUUUUUAUUUAAAACUUUUCUCUAUUUAAAAACCUUAUAAGCAGGAUAAAUGCAUUUUGUAUUAAAUUGUAUCAUUUUUGAAUAUUUAUUUUUGCCAGUAUGUGAAAAAGCUUACUGCGUUCUUGUUGACAAGUAGAAUACAAUGAAUAAAUUUUGUUGACAGUUUUGACGGUUUUGAGUUUUGAUGAUUACAACAAAGUUAAUGAUAAUCUCUCGAGCCUUAAAGAAAAAUCACAGAAUUUUAUUAAUUAUAUGGUUUCUGAGUGCCGUGCGCUGCGAAAAGUACGAUUGAUAUUUGUAGAAAUUCUAUGAAUUUGUAAUGGAUUUAAAUGUUAUGCUGCCUUCGAAACGAUAAUACGUCCAAUUCACUCCGUGUUAAUUGGAUUUUUUUGCCUAUCUUUAUUAAAGUGUUUUUAUUUUCAUUUGAAAAAACACUUUAUAUAAUAAAGAUAAAAAAGACCAAUUCGCUAAUUUAAUUGCAUGUUUGUAAUGCCAUGUUUAUUACUAAACGACGGUCAUAUUUUUUUCAUGACUCCAGGUAGACACCUUUAUGUGAUGUGUUACGGAGUAAGAUCUAUCAUGAUCAUGUCUUUAGCUUUAGGCACAUCCUAACCCAAGGAAUGUCUUCCCCAACUCCGUAAGUCGUCAAGUAUGUACUGCAUCAGCACUUCCUCUCUGCUUCUGAGAUACUUUUAGGCAGCAAAUAGUAUUCCUCAUGUUUUGGUCAUUUUAAACUUAGAUUGUAAUCAAGGAUUUUAUUUAGGCUUGAUUUCUGAUUGAAUUAUGUCAAACUAGAGCAAUAAUGAUAAAAGGGGCGGUGCAGGUUACUUGGUCGCCCAACGAAUAUUUGAAGAAAUCGUUGAAGUGGUGAACGAUAGAACGAUAUUGAAUGUUACGUCCGUUUGUCUUUGCUAUGAGUCAGACAUCAUAACAUUAAGAUGGUAUCCGUUGCAGAUUUUUAUUGUUUGAUUCAAUAUUCAGUCUCGCCAAACGUAAUACAAUACAGGAUGAUCUCCCUAAGAAGCAAUCUAAAAAGAAUGAUUCCACGACGUUUGGAAAUUCAAUGUGACUAUGUCCUAUGACUAAAAGAUUUGAUUAGAAAAACUAUUGGCGGAUAGAAGUUACUCUGUCUGGUGAUAGAACUCGAAACUACGACUCCAGUAUGAUAGACUGCGGUCUUUCUAAGUAAGCUAUGGAGUACCUCAGUCAGUACCUUUUGCUGCUUGACGACUACUGAUGAACUAAAAAUCCACUUAUUUAAUCCAAUAUUUAUUGGCCAAUAGCCGUGUACGAAGUGUACUUUCUCUUCGACUUUGAAGCAUUCUCUUAUUGAAAAAAGCUACAAGUGAAGUAAAAUUAUUGCAGUGUAAAAAAGACAUUGAUUCCAAUUAUUCCAAUGCAUUUUCUCCUCGCUAAUUCUAUGUUGUUUUUGAAACUUGAUCAACUAACUCGCGUCAUUUGGCCGAAACUCAUCGACCGAAAGCCAUUUGGCCGAAUUACAACACGUCAAGUCGAAAGUCAUUUAUUCGAAUUCAAUUUGGUCAAAAUGGUUAUUAGGCCGCAAACGUUUGGCCAAAAAAUGUCAUCUGACAGAAACGUGUGAGUGUGUGAGUGUGAGAUAUCUCCUCAUUUUCCGUUAUUUUUUACUUCGCACUUCGAGAAGAGAAAAUUGAAAAAUGAGGAGUAAGAAGUGAGACUUAUCACUUCUCAGUUCUCAUCCUUCAAUUAUCAAAUCUCUUUUCUCACUGUGAAAAGUGAGAAGUGUGAAGUGAAAAGUAAAAAGUGCGAAGUGAGCAGUGAGAUUUCUCACAUCUUUCUUCUUAUUUCGCUAAACAAUAUUUUCGGUCAUAUGACCCGUUCUGCCUAAUGGUAUUUUCUGCCAAACUACUUUUUUUUUACCAAACCACUGUUCGGCCAAAAGGCCUGUACUGUCAAACGACCGUUUCGGCCAAAUAGUAUUUCAACCAAAUGAAUUUUUCGGCUACAUGACCAGUUUAGCCAAACGGUCAAAUGAGUUUACUGAUAUUAACAUACAUACAUACUUCUACAUGCUAUGACAUGCGUUUGAUAUUUUAUAAAAACAAUGGGUCGUAUGAAUAAAAAGUAGUAAGUUCAACUUUACUACAUUUUCAGUAGUAAACGUCACUUGUGGAACAUGUUCGUAUGAAUAAAAGAGACUUUACUACACUACACAUUUCGAACAUACUACAAACAACUGAUUCGGUAUGAAUAAAACAAGAGUUUACUACUGAUUUCUUGUAGUCUGCUCAAGACGUUGCUACUCAUGUUUCUAAUGCAGAUUAUUCAUCAGAAUCGAAGCGAAUUGGCUUUGUUCUUGAAAAUCGAAGUCCAAUUUAGGGAAAACAAACAAAACAGACAUGUCUUUUGUUGAUUAGCCGCAAAAAAAUGAUGAAAUCAUCAUCGUCAUCAUGGGGCUAUUUUGUUUUGACGUUUCUCCGUGUAGUAAAUGGUAGUAAACUGUAGUAAAGGCUAAGUUCGAAUGUAGCAUAUGCCAUAAGUUCGAAAAAAUUUUAUUCAUAUCAAACAUGUAGUUUUCUCUGUGGACUUUAUUUUUGAGUAGAUACUACAAGCGCUGAGUUUUGCUACUUUUUAUUCAUACGACCCAAUGUCUUGCGUUCCCUAUUUCGAUGCCUCCCUAACUCGAUGGUUUCUUCAAUAUCCGAGUAAAGAGUUCACUGUAUUUCAUUGAUCCAUUGGUUUAAAUAAGUAUACAAAAAAAAGUUCGAAUUGGCACGCAUCAUCGAUUGAAAGAACUAGUUGGAAGAUAACGACAUUGAAAGCGCAAACGGCCUCAGAAACUGAAAU